AUGGCAGCAACACCUGCUCCGGAUACACCAGUGAAAACGGAAAAUGAACAGCUCGAGAGCUCAUUAGGUGGGGGCGACUUGGGAGACACGAACGGAAAGCUUGACGUUGCGCCAAUUGAUCCUGAAUCGGACGAGGAUGUGCCGGUUGAGGCUGAAGAGCUUCAGGAAGCCCUUUCACGGCCCCCGCCCGUCAAUAGCAACUAUCUUCCCCUUCCCUGGAAAGGCAGGCUGGGGUAUGCCUGCCUCAAUACCUACCUAAGAUACUCGAACCCGCCCGUUUUCUGUUCCCGCACCUGUCGUAUAGCCUCUAUCCUUGAGAACCGACAUCCGCUUUCCGAUCCUUCACAGCCGCCGCAUGCCACCAAGAACCGGCCGGACCGGUCACAGCCUGCUGACAUCGCACGAGGCCAGGCAUAUGUGGAAGCUCUGGGAUUGGCGAAUGCUCGCGAUCUGCUGAAACUGAUACGCUGGAAUGAUCGGUACGGAAUCAAGUUUAUGCGUAUCAGCAGUGAGAUGUUUCCAUUUGCCAGCCAUAAAGAAUAUGGAUACAAGUUGGCUCCUUUUGCCUCCGAGACGCUUGGCGAAGUCGGGCGUCUUGUCGCUGAGCUUGGCCAUAGGGUGACUGUGCACCCCGGCCAGUUCACCCAGCUGGGCUCCCCCCGAAAAGAAGUGCUUGAGAACUCAUUUCGCGAUUUGGAGUACCAUUCGGAGAUGCUGCAGCUUCUCAAGCUGCCUGCGCAACAAGACCGCGAUGCGGUAAUGAUCCUGCACAUGGGUGGUGUCUUCGGCGACAAGGAGGCGACUUUGGAUCGGUUUCGGCAGAACUACCAGAAGCUCUCGCAGGACAUCAAGAACCGUUUGGUUCUGGAGAACGACGACGUGAGCUGGUCGGUACAUGAUUUGCUUCCAAUCUGUGAGGAGCUGAAUAUUCCGCUCGUCCUGGACUAUCACCACCACAAUAUCAUCUUCGACUCUUCCCAGCUCCGAGAGGGCACUCUCGACAUCAUGAACCUUUACGAUCGGAUCAAGGCUACGUGGACAAGAAAGAAUAUUACACAGAAAAUGCACUAUUCCGAGCCUGUCUCUGCCGCCAUCACCAACCGUCAACGCCGAAAGCACAGUGAUCGCGUCCGGGUUCUUCCUCCCUGUGAUCCUACCAUGGAUCUGAUGAUUGAAGCCAAGGAUAAGGAGCAGGCUGUUUUUGAGCUGAUGAGGACGUAUAAGCUACCAGGACAUGAUCUUUUCAAUAAUAUUCUGCCUUAUGUGCGCACCGACGAGAAUAAGCCGUUCAAACCGCCGCGGAAGUCGAAGAAGAAAAAUGGCGACUUUGUCGACCUUGAAGCACAGGUGCCGCCCCCAAAGACUGUUCCCGAAGAGGAAGUCGGCAUGGGUGGCCCGGAGCGGAGGGUCUACUGGCCUCCAGGAAUGGAAGAAUGGUUGAGGCCAAAGAAGAUUGUGCGAACCAAAGCUCUAAAGACCCCCAAGUCUAACAAGAAGGCCCCACCACGAGAGCCAGACGGGGAGCUUGAUGCUGCCCUGGUCACUCCUAGCACCCCGACCAAAACUACGAAAGCCGCUGAGCGGUCCCCAAGCGUCAAGAAGCGCACCAGCAGAAAGCGCAAAGCAUCGUCGCCUGAUCCAUCGACCCCAUCGGCUUCCGACAUAGAACUGUCCGAUGAUGCAAAGCCGCCUCAGUCGCAGGCUAAGAGCGAUGGAGUCCGUCGAAGUCGACGGACGAAGACAGUAAACUAUGCAGAAGACAGCGAGUCAGUCUGA